CGCUCUCUAUCAGGCAGAGGGGAGCCCCGCCUGCCCCGUCACACCGGCCGCGGCUCUGCGGAAGCUGGACCUGGGGAGACACGGAGAUCACCGAGCAACAAUGGCAGCGCUUUAUGCAUCUGUGAGACCGUAUUUAUGCUUCUCGUGAGACAGCAGACAGGAUUUCAUACAUUGUGUUCUUUGUGCCUUGCCUGGAAGCUUCUGGCUGCCAUUGAAGCAGAUUGGGUCCCCUCUGCUACGUACACCCCGUGACAGUAGAGCAACCAUGGAUCUGAAGACUGCGGUAUUUAAUGCAGCCCGUGAUGGCAAGCUGCGCCUUCUUUCCAAGCUGUUGGAAAACAAAGCCAAGGAUGAAGUGGUCGUGCUCAUGUCUGAGAAAACAAAUGGCGCCACGCCGCUCUUAAUGGCCGCCCGAUACGGUCACCUUGACAUGGUGGAUUACCUGCUGGAUCAGUGUAGUGCCUCAGUGGAGAUUGGGGGGUCUGUUAAUUUUGAUGGGGAAACCAUAGAAGGAGCACCUCCUCUUUGGGCUGCAUCGGCUGCUGGGCACCUAAAAGUGGUUCAGUCGCUGCUGGAUCACGGGGCAUCUGUGAACAACACCACUCUCACUAACUCGACACCUUUGCGGGCAGCCUGCUUCGAUGGGCACCUGGCAAUAGUGAUGUACUUGGUAGAGCACAAUGCUGACCUGGAGGUAGCCAAUCGUCACGGGCACACGUGUCUGAUGAUUUCCUGCUACAAGGGGCAUAAGGAGAUUGCCCAGUUUCUGCUCGAGAAAGGGGCUGACGUUAACAGGAAGAGUGUGAAAGGAAAUACGGCAUUGCAUGACUGUGCUGAAUCUGGCAGCUUGGACAUCAUGAAGAUGCUCCUCAAAUAUGGUGCUAGGAUGGAAAAGGAUGGCUAUGGCAUGACACCACUCCUUUCUGCCAGUGUGACGGGACACACAAACAUUGUGGACUUUCUCACUCAGCACCCACAGACCAGCAAAACUGAACGUAUCAACGCACUAGAGCUUCUCGGAGCUACUUUUGUCGAUAAAAAGCGGGACCUCCUGGGUGCCUUAAAGUAUUGGAAGAGAGCUAUGGACAUGAGAUACAGUGACAGGACUAAUGUUAUCAGCAAACCUGUUCCAGAUAAUUUAAUUAUGGCUUAUGAUUAUGCCAAGGAGGUAAAUACAGCAGAAGAAUUAGACAACCUUAUUGCUGACCCAGAUGAAAUGAGAAUGCAAGCUCUUCUAAUUAGAGAACGUAUUUUGGGCCCUUCUCAUCCGGAUACAUCAUACUACAUCAGGUACCGUGGUGCAGUCUAUGCAGACUCUGGGAACUUCAAACGAUGCAUCAAUUUAUGGAAGUAUGCUUUGGACAUGCAGCAGAACAACCUGGAUCCUCUAAGUCCAAUGACCGCUAGCAGCUUGUUAUCAUUUGCUGAACUUUUUUCCUUCAUGCUUCAGGAUCGGGCAAAAGGUCUCCUCGGUACAACGGUUACAUUUGAUGACCUAAUGGGCAUACUGAGCAAAAGUGUAUUGGAAAUAGACCGAGCUGUCAAACAAACAGUGUUGCCUCCAGACCAAAUCCAGCUAAACAAGGCCCUCUCUAUUAUUUUGCACUUGAUCUGUUUGCUGGAAAAAGUUCCCUGCAGCAUAGAACAGGAGCACUUCAAAAAACAGAAUAUAUAUAGGUUCCUUAAGCUCAAUCCCAAAGGAAAGAACAACUUCAGUCCUCUUCACCUGGCUGUUGAUAAAAAUACCACGUGUGUCGGCCGAUAUCCUGUUUGCAAAUUUCCCUCUCUUCAGGUGACUUCUAUCUUGAUAGAGUGUGGCGCCGAUAUAAAUGUUAGAGACUCUGAGAGCAACAGCCCUUUACACAUCGCUGCUCUCAACAACCACCCAGAUAUCAUGAACCUUCUCGUCAAAUCUGGUGCACACUUUGACUCUACUAAUUCGCACAACCAAACUGCCUGUGAUCUACUGGAUGAGAAAGAAAUGGCAAAGAACUUGAUCCAACCCAUUAACCACACAACACUGCAGUGUCUUGCUGCACGCGUAAUAGUGAAACACAAUCUACAAUACAGAAAUGAAAUACCUGAAAAGCUGGAGAGCUUUGUGCUGCUUCAUAGAUGAUGCUCUGCUGAGACCUCUAUGGCUGAAGGACGUGCGCUUGGUUGUUGGUUUCUUACUCAAGCACUGUUGGUGUAUCACCAUUCAUGCUUCAGCAGAUCAUGUCUUGUCAUUUUCCAACACGGGCACCACCCAAGUCCUUAGGUGGAUAGUCCUGCUUAAGUACGAACAUACUCUAUAUAAUUUGGUUUUGUAUGUUCUCUAAAACUGUAAUUGCUGCACCCAUCUUUAAAUAAUCUGCCAAAUUCUGUUUCUGGUUGGUUUGUUUUCUGCCUCUUGGUGUUGGGGCGAGGGACUAAGUAUCUUUUUUCUUUCCUAUGCCUUUCCUGGUGGCUUCUUGCUUUACGCUGGUGUGUGGAUUUUCUUUAGUUUAAGGUUAAUACUGCUUGUUUCAUUCAGACUUUUCGGUGGGUCUCUUUCUAUUAACAUGGACCAUUGAUAUGUUGUAAGAGCUUUAUGAACAUGUUAAUGUUUGCAAUUACCAUAAGUGCUUUACUUCCUCUAUGCACUGGCUUAGACAUGACUGUUGUGUGUUAGCAUACUUCUAUGCAGCAUUUUGCCAAUCUAGGCUCAAAAUACUCGAUUCUAGUCUAUUUUAAGCUGAUCUCCAAUUUCUUCUCAUCACGAAACAGCAUGGCAGUGUUUGGUGCAGUAUUUCUGCUGCUCAAAAACCAAGCAGGACA